UUCCAGACAUGAGGAAUGAAUCAUGAAGACGUUUGCAUCAUUGUCGUGUGGAUGCAGCUCAGCAGCAGCAUGUUUGCCGCCGUGGUUUAUCUCUCGGUUCUGACACACUCAGCUCUCUCAGUUUCGAUCCUUCAGUCUGUGGAUCUGCUUUCACCGCCUGGAGCCUCCGUGGCCUUGGAGUGUCAAAUGGGUCCGGGCCUCAGCAUGAGCAGCUUCACCAUACUGUGGUACCGACAGAACCGACCCGGAGCUCCAAUCCAGCUGCUGCUGACCGAAUAUGAACAAACAAAGGACCACUUUAGGGCGUCCAUCGAUGGACCUAAGAACAACUUCACCCUUCAAAUCCAUGACCUGUCUGAGGACGACAGCAGCAUCUACUUCUGCGCUGCUCGUCACAGUGAUGCAGUCACAGCUUACAGUCACACAAAUAACACCACAGCCCCCCAGGCAGCUGUGGGGGCUGUGGUCUAUUUCUGUCAUGGUGUUGAAAUCCAGCAGCCUUCUUCUGUUUUUGGGCGGGACGGAGAUCCGUCUGUGACUCUGACCUGCAAACAGGACGACAGCCAGUUCUUCUACAUGUUCUGGUACCGACAGCAGGGCGGCGGCAGGAUGGAGCUGCUGGUGUAUUCUCCUGGAGCAUUAAGUGCGAACGUCGAAGCUCCUUUCAACGGAUCCAAGUACAGCGCGUCCCGGCCCACGGUGCUGGCGUCCUCCCUGCAGGUGCAGGCCGUGGAGGCCGCAGACGCAGCCGUGUACUUCUGUGCUUCCAAGAAAGCAAAGAAAGGUGGAAAUGAUGAAGAUCUUCCUCCACAUCCAAACCCUCCUCAUCCUCUGGAGCUCCAGAGGGAGUCUGAGCAGCAGGAUUGGGGACAGUUUGGGGACUUUUUGCUGCAGGACACAUCCAGUGUGACACUGGAAGUGAAGCUUUCUUUGGAAAAGGAACCAAACUCAGCGUUCUGGGGCACAAACAGGAACAGCUUGGUGGGUUUUUGUAAGCGUGACUUGGCGGUGUGCUCAGGCAGCUAUCAGGCCUAUUUUGGAGAAGGAACCAGGCUGACGGUUCUUGAAGCAGGUAUAAACGUCACAGCUCCAACUAGAGUCAAGGUUCUUUCACCUUCUGAGAAGGAGUGCAGUAGCGGCAAAAAGACCCUGGUCUGUGUGGCGUCUGGUUUCUAUCCGGACCAUGUCAGCGUCUCCUGGAUGAUUAAUGAGAAAACUGUCAGCAAAGGUGUGGCGACGGACAGCGCCGCCACGAGGUACGGCACAUCCUACAGAAUCACCAGCCGGCUGACCGUUUCCUCUGAGGAGUGGACCUCAGACAACAAGUUCGUCUGCAGUGUCAGCUUCUUCAAUGGAACAACAACCACAUAUCAUAAUGACAGCAUCACCGGUGAAGCUAAGAAAAGCCCAUCAGGAACGGAGCUGAGCAGAGACAAAUACCUGAGGGUCACUCAGAGCGCCAAGCUCUCCUACAUCAUCUUCAUCGUGAAGAGCUGCAUCUAUGGAGCCUUCAUCUGGUUUGUGGCCUGGAAGCUUCAGAGUUCACGUGAAAAACGAAGAAAAUGAAGUCUGACCUUCAUCCUCUUCUGUGCACAGAACAGCUAUAGCUUCAUCUUUCUCCAUUUCAUGUUGUCUUCCGGUUACAUUUUGUUAGAAGGUAUUUUACUGAAGGCUUGUUUUUUCCUUUUUAAUAAAACGAUUUAACCAGA